AUGUCGGCGGUAGCCCUGGCCUUCGGUGACUACUCACUACUAACUACAGAAUACGAUGACGAGCAAUUCCAGGCUUCUAUUUGCAAUAUGCACUCCAACAUCAUUCGCCUGAUCAGCGUUGCCAGCGCCGUGGCUGCUUCGGCUAUUCCUACCCCAUAUUUCUCUGAAGAGGCACGACUCAUAAACAAGAAAGGAACCCCUAUCUACGACCAAGAGUACCGCGCAGCUAGGUUGUCCAAAAUGUAUGGUGAGGACUGGCGGGAAAAGGCCAUUCCUAAACUCGUCCUCGGUCUAUACCUAUCAAAUCAACCUUUGGUUACUUGUAUGCUAGACGCAUGGUACCGUUUAAUCCAGGCAGAUGCUAAGAAGCUGGAAGACGUUCCAAAGGUGCUCAUACCGGGGAGGUUGCACAACAGUGGCGAGAAAGCGCUCAAGGAAUUCGUCCAAGAUCAAGACGGGAAUUUCGAGUUCGAGAGAACUCUACGAUUCGCUGAACGGUCGCAGCUGCCGCCGGGGUGGACAGAUCCGUUUAAGGGGCCAGGAAACAUCUGCGAGAUGUUGAUCCCACCGGCCAUGGUUCAUCAUAACGAGUUAGGGUUAAAGGCGUAUUGCUACGACUCCGUGGACAAGCUCCCUGUCUCUGACGUGAUAUCGUAUGAAUUCCAUAACAUGCAGAGGCCCAGCAAGUAA